UAUGUUAGAAUGUUCAGAGUUCAUGUUUAUAUUUUACCUAUAAGUGAUCAAUGAUUAUAUAGUAAUUACUAAUUAUCAGAAAAAAACAAUAUAUUUGACUAAUACACAAAAAGCAAUAGUAUACACGUAUAUAGAAUUUAUAACAAGUGAACUAUAAUAAUUAUUUAUAAAAAUAAAUAUUAUAAAUGUGAAACGAACCGUGCUCAUUGCGCCAUUUUACGUUGACCUACAAAUAAAAAUUAUGAAUUGUGGAUAAUUUGUUUUGAGAAACAGUAAUUCAACGCUUUAUAUUGAUUUCAAAAAUAAUAACAUAAAUUAUUAUUCAAUAUUCCGUUUUUUUUUUCAAGGUGGUCACGUAGUUGUGUGAAACGCAACUUGUUCCUACUCCGCGGUAGACAACGUAUUUAUAUAUAUACCAAUAAUAUUGCCUACUUACCCCACCUUAAAAUUGACAAUCAGAGUAGUAUGUAAAAGUUUUGUUUUUUUUUUAAAUUUUGUUUCCGUAUUACGUGCUUACUUAAAGAAAAUAUAAAUCUACUCGUCGGUACCGACGUACUCGCAAUGGCUGGUCAUAGAAAGGAAAAACAGGAAAAAGUUUUCUUGAAGAAAAGCCGUCCAUCAAAAAAACCCAAAACUCGAACUUGUAACUGUUUAUCAUUUGUAAUUUCAUUUUUUCGAUUUAUUUAUGACUUAAUUGUGUCAUUUGUAUUUCGCUAUAUUUAUAAAAAUACUCCAUCAAAAAUAUUGCCCCCAGUAGAAGAUCUAUUGGUUCUUGAUAGUUGUACAACUAUUGUCAAUAAAAUUAAAAAUAAGGAAGUUACAUGUCGCCAUGUUGUUGAAUGCUUCAUCAAACGAAUUGAACAAGUCAACCCGAUAUUAAAUGCUGUAGUUGAUACACGUUUUGACAAAGCAUUAGCCGAAGCUGAUGAGUAUGAUAAACUCAUUGAGCUAGCUGAUACAGAAGAAAAAAUAAAUUUAAUUUUUGAUGGUAAACCUUUAUUUGGUAUUCCAUUUACAUCUAAAGAAAGUACAGGAGCAAAAGGAAUGGCUUUUACUUUUGGUCUGGUAUCUAGAAUUGGCAUGAAAAGCAAUGAGGAUGCAGAAAUUGUUAAAUCAUUAAAGACUGCUGGUGCAAUACUCUUAGGCGUUACAAAUGUUCCAGAAAUAAACUUGUGGUGUGAAACUAGAAAUAAAGUUUACGGACAAACAAAUAAUCCUUACAACACAAAUCAUUCAGCUGGUGGUUCUUCUGGUGGAGAAGCUAGUAUAGUUUCAGCUUGUGGUAGUCCUUUGGGUCUUGGAACAGAUAUUGGAGGAUCUGCACGUAUACCAGCAUUUAAUUGUGGUUUAUUUGGACAUAAGUUGACUACAGGUUUUAUAAAUACUAAAGGUAUGACAUUUAGAAAAGGCACGGAAAAACAAACCAUGGUUAGUGCAGGACCUAUUACUAAAUAUGCUGAAGAUUUAACUCCAGUAAUUAAAGCUUUCCUUGGACCUGAAAAAUCUUUGGAAUUAAAAAUUGGCCAAGAAGUUGAUUUGUCUAGUUUAAAGUACUACUAUGUUGAUAAACCCAAUGAUGCACGAGUCAGUCCAAUUAGUGAUGAGUUACAAAUAGUUUUAGAUAAUGUUAUAGAGUCUAUAACUUCUAUCACUGAACUUCCUCCACUCAAAGUAAAAUUUUCUGGAACUCGUUAUAGCUAUAGUUUGUGGAGACACGCUAUGACAAAGGAAGAAUCAGAUUUUUGUGCAACAUUAGGAAACAAUCAAACUACAGUUUCUGUAUGGACAGAAGUUCCAAAAACAAUUGUAGGAAUUUCAAAUCAUUCCUUAGCUGCAGUAUUGAAAUUAAUAGAUUUGCAACUACCAAAAGUAAAUGCAGUUUGGGCUGAUGCUGAGAUUGAAAAACUUUCAAAUGAAGUAUCGACAUUGUUGGGUGAUGAUAGCGUGUUAUUUUUCCCUUCGUCUCCAACUACAGCAAAACACCAUUAUGAACCAUUCUUGCAUCCAUACAAUUUUGCUUAUUGGGCUAUCUUCAACGUAUUAAAGCUACCAGUCACCCAAGUACCACUUGGUUUAGGUCUAAAUGGUUUACCAUUGGGAAUACAGGUGGUUGCUGGAAUGAAUCAAGACCGGUUAUGUGUAGCUGUUGCAAAACAUUUGGAAUUAAAAUUCGGCGGAUGGAAACCUCCUUUUACAACAAAUACCGUAAUAAAUUAAAAUACUGUAGUAUACUGGUAAUAUAGUAUAUGUUGGGGAAUUUUUCAUUACAUUGUUUUUAUUUUUUGGUUAAGGAAAUAUUUUUGAUAUAAUGUUAUACUUAUAAAUGCUAAUUUAGGUUACCAAUUGUGAUAUUUAUGUGAAAUAAUAGGUUUUAAUGUUGUGAUGAUUUUAUUUAAAUUAAUUAUUUUAAUAAUAUAUUUAUUUUACUCAGUAUACAUUGAAUGCAUUCCAAACUAUAA